AUGGCGUCGUCCUCGCGCCGUGCGGUCGUCGUUCGAAAUUUCACCGCCAAUCAACCCGUCUACGCACGGCUACUCGCCCGGGAAGUCGACCCCUACGCAAAAUCCCGGCUCAUCCACCAGCUCUACCAGAUUGAAGAUGACCCAAAAUACGCGGCUCAGCUCGCCGAUCUGCUGUACGGGCACUCGGGCGAUUGGCAGUAUGGGCUACGCUUCAUCCGCUACUUCAUGGACAACAACACGUCGACCCGGGACACCACGAUUCUUCGCUUACUCUCCAAAAAUGGACGAAUCCGAGGCCGUCUACUCGAUUUUCUGGAGCACCACGAAUCGGAGAUCUACGAAAAGCCCGGCCAGCACCGUGGGCUCUACAGGAACUUCUACGAGUCGCUGGUCCCCACCGCGACAAAUUCGGACGAAAUGAUGCAGGUCCACCGAAUCCGCGAAAAUUCCCCGGACGCCUCGCUGAAAAUGGCGGCCUUUUGGACAAUCCUUAAUGCCAGCUAUGAAGCUGGGCACCAGCGGGUUCCGGGCGACGAGACAUACAUGCUCGAGCUGAAGGAAUACGAUGUUUGGCCUUUAGAAAACGACAACUUUGAUCAUUGCACCGGGCAUAUGUAUGAAGAAAAGCUUUGCGGUGUUACCGGGACCGACAAGUGGGAAAAUGCGUGGAACAACUUCUACUUGAAGUUCCACGUCAAUGCGGCGUACACCAAGGGGGAUGACCGUUACCGUUGCAUGACGUUCGGCACGCAGGACGCCUUGACCUCAAUCCAUAGAGGCGGCCUCGGCACCUUCCGAAUGUUCCCCGAACCGCCGUACUGCCGCCUCGACUACACCAUCUGGACCGAUGACCGUAAUUAUAAUACGACCGGGAUACUCAUGUGUGAAUCGUGCGAUACAUGGGAA